AUGUCCGCUCUGCGAUCUCUUCUGCUUCUGCUGCUGUCUCUGUGUCCCGGUCCUGGUCCUGGACCCGGGAGCGAGGCAAAGGUCACCCGGAGUUGCGUUGAGACCCGGCAGGUGCUGGGGGCCCGGGGAUAUAGCUUAAGCCUACUCCCUCCCGCCCUGAUCUCAGGUGAGCACCUCCGGAUCUGUCCUCAGGAAUACACCUGCUGUUCCAGUGAGAUAGAGCAGAGGCUGACUUGGGAGACUGAGACCACCUUCCGAGGCCUGGUGGAGGAGAGCAGCUCAUUCCUGGUUCACACACUGGCUUCCUGGCACAGAAAAUUUGAUGACCUUUUUCGGGAGAUACUCUUGUCAUCUGAGCGCUCUUUGGCCCUGCUCUUCCACCACUCCUUCGGCCGCCUGUAUUCCCAGCACGCCCCUGUAUUCAGUGGCCUGUUCUCUCGGCUGCGGGACUACUAUGAGAGGUCCGGUGAGGGGUUAGAUGACGCUUUGGUGGAUUUCUGGGCACAGCUCCUGGAGAGAUUGUUCCCCCUGCUGCAUCCACAGUACACCUUCUCCCCCGACUACCUGUUUUGCCUCACUCGCCUCGCCUCCUCUGCUGAUGACUCUCUGAAGCCUUUCGGGGAUGCACCCCACCGCCUCCACCUGCAGAUAACCCGGGCCCUGGUGGCUGCCCGGGCCUUUAUCCAGGGCCUGGAGACCGGAAGAGAUGUGGUCAGCGAAACACUUAAGGUGCCCCUGUCUGAAGGCUGCAGGCGGGCUGUGAUGCGUCUGACUGGCUGCCCCCUUUGUCGGGGCAUCCCCUCGCUGCCACCCUGCCGGGGCUUCUGCCUCAAUGUGGCCAAUGGCUGUCUCCGCAGCCACGGACUGGAUCCUGACUGGGGGGCCUAUCUGGAUGGUCUCCUGUUCCUGGCUAAGAAGCUCCAGGGCCCUUUUUCUUUUGAGCUGGCAGCUCAGUCCAUUGGGGUGAGGAUCUCAGAAGCUUUGAUGUAUCUGCAGGAAAACAGUGUGGCAGUGUCAGCCCAGGUGUUUCAGCAAUGUGGGAACCCCCAACGGGUACAAGGCCGCACCCGCCGAGCCCCAGCCCCCCGGGAAGAGGUGGGACGCCUCUGGACCUCGACAGGAGCGGUGGGGGCAGCAGGGGUGCCAGGGACGGAGGAGAGGCCCACGACGCCUGGGAGCACCAGCCUGAACCGCCUGGUGUGGGAGCUCCGCGAGCGGCUGGGCCGGGUGAGGGGCUUCUGGGCCGGGCUGCCUCUGGCGGUGUGCGGGGACCCCCGCAUGGCAGCAGACAUCUCGAAGGAGGCGGCGCCCUGCUGGACCGGAGCUGGGCGGGGCCGGUACUUGUCGCCCGUGGUCGGGGUCUCCCCGUCCGAGCAGCUCGACAACCCAGAGCUGGACAAGGAAGACUCGAGCACCGACCUCCAGACGCGGAGGCGGCGGCUGCAGCUCCGGGCAGCGACGACCAGGAUGAGGGUGGCCGCGCUGGGACGCGACCUGGAACUGGACGACUGGGAUGAAGACGCCAGUGGUUCUGGAGAGGGACAGCACCAUGCAGAUGACUGGAUGGCUGGGGCAGCAGCUGUGGCCCCCCCAGCCAGGCUGCCUCGCCCUCCUCGAAGGGAUGUUAGUGGGGGCAAGGGAGGAGGUGUCCUUGUCCGCCACAACCAGGGCAGGAGCAGGACUGGGGGGACAUCUGUUGGUUUUCACACCCAACCCAUCCUCAUUCUCUUCCUCUCAGCCCUGGCCCUGAUUGGACCAAGAUAACAGGGGAGGGGUGCCCUAGCAUCAGAAGGGUUCAUGGCCCUUCCCCUCCUCCCCCCUGCCCUUCAGCUGGGUCUGGGGAGGAGUUGAAGGGGGAUGCAGAGAGGUAGAGAAAGGGACUUUUUGGGUGAAUGGCUGGGGCCCCAAAUCCAGGAGAUUAACAUU